UACCGGGCCCGGCGGGAGCGGGUCGGGUUCUGUGCGCAGGCGCUCGCUCCUCACAGUCUCGGCCUGGUGGGACGUGGUCGCGCGCGGGGCAACGGGUUUGCUCUUUGAAGAACAGGUUUCUGAGCUCUUAGAGGAAUAUCAGAAAAUGAACAAAUCUCAGAUUGACCAGGAAGGUGCCGUCCAGGGAUCUGUGUCAUUCGAUGAUGUGACUGUGAAUUUCAGCCGGGACGAGUGGCUAUGCCUGAGCAGUACUCAGAGGAUCCUGUACCGGGAUGUGACACUGGAGAACUACAGCCACCUGGUCUUCGUGGGAUAUUGCCUCACCAAACCAGACGUGAUCCUCAGGUUGGAGCAAGGAGAAAAUCCAUGGACAUUAGAGGGAGAGCAUCCAGGCCAGGCUUAUCCAAAAGCCCAGAAGCUAAGUGAUCUGGUAAAGAGAAGCCAGGAGAACCCAGAUGAACACUUGUGCUGUGCGUCCCUCCUACACAACACACUGAGUAAGAAGAGAGAGAACAUUUCUGGAAACACACUUAAUCUGGACACAAACCCUGUUUCUUCAGGAAAAACACCCUGUGAAAAUGACUCACGUGGAGUGAGUGAGAAAUGUAUUUCAGAAUCAAGUGUUACUGAUAAAAAGGAUUCAAGUAGGAACUCCAGUGCACUCACUGAACAUGGGAAGUUGCCUCUUGACUGUGAGCAAGGAAACAGUCAGACUGAGCAGAAGUCUGAUGCGUGUAACCACGGUGAGGAAUCUCUGGGUGGUAAUGAGGGUCUUACUGAGCAACAGGAAGUUCAAGCUGUGGGACCACCUUUGGAAGAUAAUGAUGGUGGAGAAGCCGCCCCUGAACAGGCAGCCACCACCUCACCCCAGACGGCAGAGGCAGGAGAGAAGCCCUGUGACCACGAGGAACCCACAGGAAGUACCAGUGCCAUGUCAGUCCCUGACAUCCCUCAAGAAUGUCAGAUGAGGACAGAUUGCUCUGAAGUUAAUGGGUGUGAGAAAUCAGUGGUUUGUGAGGACCAGCAAGUUAACAUGGAGGAGAAAACCCAGGAAGCCAGUGAAAAUGAGGGUGCCAGCAAGAAGCCCCAUCUCACUCAAGCUCCUGGAACUUGCACAGGGGAGAACACCUUUGAAUGCAGUCAUUGCAAGAAAUCUUUUCGCCAGGAGUCCCAACUUACUAACCAUCAGAGGACCCAUACACAAGAGAAACCUCAUAAAAGUAGUAAACGUGGGAAAACCUUCCAGAAAUCACAGCUCACUGACUCAAAGAGAACUAACCGAAGACAGAAACGCCGUGAACAUAAGGCACGUGGAAAAGCCCUUGUGAAGUCCCCUCUCGGGGACCAGCAGAGGACACAGCCAGGAAAGAAGCUGUAUGUAUGUGAUGACUGUGGGAAACCUUUCCGCUAUCACUCAGCCCUCAAAGUCCAUCAGCGGAUCCAUACGGGAGAGAAGCCCUAUAAGUGCCAUGAGUGUGGGAAAUCCUUCUAUGCCAAGUCCAACUUCACUCAUCAUCAAAGAAUCCAUACAGGAGAGAAGCCCUUUGAAUGUCAGGAAUGUGGGAAGUCCUUCUCUGUGAAGUCAAACCUCACCAAACACCAGAAGACACACACAGGGGAGAAGCCUUUCAAGUGUAGCGAAUGUGAGAAAACCUUCUUCCAGAAGUCACAAUUUGCUGACCAUCAGAGAACCCACACAGGGGAAAAACCCUAUACAUGUACUGAGUGUGGGAAAUCUUUUUACUAUAAGUCAGCCCUACAUGUCCAUCAGGGGAAGCACAGAGAAGAGAAGCCUUACAAAUGUACUGAGUGUGAGAAAUCCUUCUGCUAUAAGUCAGCCCUGAUUAUCCAUCAGGUAACUCACACAGGGAAGAAACCCUACGACUGUAAUGAGUGUGGGAAAACCUUUUGUGUGAAGUCAAAUCUCACUAAACACCAGAAAAUUCACACAGGAGAGAAACCCUAUACAUGUAAUGAGUGUGGCAAAUCUUUCUCUAUGAAUUCAAUCCUUGUUGUACACCAUCGGACCCACACAGGGGAGAAACCUUACAACUGCAACGAGUGUGAGAAAUCCUUUUACAAAAAGUCAGCUCUUACUAAACAUCAGAGAACUCACAGCGGGGAUAAACCACAUGAAUGUUCUGAAUGUGGGAAGUCUUUUCAUAUGAAAUCUACCCUCAUUAUACACCAGAGAACUCACACUGGAGAGAAACCUUACAAAUGUAAUGAAUGUGAAAAGUCAUUCUACGUGAAGUCUCAUCUUAAUAUCCAUCAGAGGAAUCACACAGGAAAGAAACCCCAUGUAUGUGGUGAAUGUGGGAAAGCCUUUACCAUGAAGUCAAACCUCACCGAUCAUCAGAGGACGCACUCAGAGGAGAGACCUUACAAAUGUAAUGAGUGUCAGAAAGCCUUUCGCCACAAGUCAACCCUAACUGUACAUAAGAGAACUCAUACAGGGGAGAAACCUUACAAAUGUAAUGACUGUGGGAAAUCCUUCUAUAUGAAGUCAGCCCUCAGUCAACAUCAGAGAAUACACACAGGCGAGAAGCCCUAUGAUUGUAAACAGUGUGGGAAAGCCUUCUUCCAGAAGUCACACCUCACUAAACACCAUCGGACACACACAGGAGAGAAGCCCUAUGAAUGUAAGGAAUGUGGGAAAACCUUCUUCCAGAAGUCACACCUCAUUGAACACCAGCGAACACACACUGGGGAGAAACCCCAUGAGUGCAAUGAAUGUGGGAAAUCCUUCUGCUAUAAGUCAGCCUUAACCAUACAUCAGAGAAUUCACUCAGAUGAAAAACCCUACAAAUGUAGUGAAUGUGACAAGUCUUUCUGUAUGAAAUCACACCUCACUGUACAUCAGAGAACUCACUCAGGGAAACACCCCUUUGAAUGUUAUGAAUGUGGAAAGGCUUUUUAUGUGAAGUCAAACCUCAUCAACCACCAGCGGACUCACACUGGGGAGAAGCCUUAUAUAUGUAGUACAUGUGGGAAAUCCUUCGGUAUGAAGUCGGCCCUCACAGUUCAUCAACAGGGACACACAGGGGAGAAGCCCUAUGCAUGUAAUAAAUGUGGGAAAGCCUUCUGCAAGAAGGCAGCUCUCACUAGUCAUCAGGUGAUUCACAGGAGAAUGACACCCUGAAUUAUAAUAAAUGUACUGCUUCCUCCUGUGUGGAGUCAGACUUUGUUGCACCAGGAGGAUUUGCAGGAGGUGACGUGAAUGUAAUCACGUGGCAGCCCUCAUGUAUAACUUCAGUCUUCAACACAAGGGAGACGGGCUAGAUGACUCUCUACAAAAUGAAUAUGGGAAGACUUUGUGUCAUGUCUUAACUACAUGUCAGAGGACUCAAAUGGGAGAGCGCCCUGAGACAUCCUGUGUACAUUAGUAUCCACCAACAUAUCAAGUGCACAUUGCAGAGAAAGCACGGGGAAAAGUGAACAGUGAAAGUGUAAAGCCAUUUAUGGUCACAGCUUACUGCACAUCAGGUAACUGAUAUGGGUGUGAAAUUGUGUGGGCAUUUCAUGUGCACGUAAGCUCCAAAAUAAUCAAACUAAAUUGAAAAAGUAAAUAGAAAAACACUAAGGGAACAUUAUUAAUUUAGGUGAUGGGGCACUCCUGAUGCUUCUAGAAAUGUAAUGCUGAAGUCAUGUUUCAGACUUGAUUCCAAAUUUUGAAAAUAUGAUGUGAGAUGUGUCUAAUCUUUGGAUGAUAAAGGUUUUUGAAAAAACACAAGUUGCUGCAGCAAGCUGUCACUUUAGUUAUUUGAAGAGGACUUGAGGUGAGUAGGGCUUCUGAAUGUGAGUAGGUAGCAUGCUUAUGUUGUGUACCUUUGGUUUUCAUGGUGAAACUCAGUGCAGUUGCCAGUGAAAAAUGUUGCCCCACAGCUUAAUAACUGUUAGGACAGACUUCCCACACUGAUGCCACCAAUGCUUCUUUGUAGCUUAACAGUACAGUAUACAUUGAGUGACAUUUGACAAAUUUGAGUACUGUACCACAGCAUAUUAUUAUACUGAGGAAAGCAAAAUAUAAGAAACUAUAUGUAGCGUGUUAUCUUUUAUGUAAGAGUUGAGGGGACAUGUGUAUAUAUAUGUAUACCUUUUUAUGAAGUUUUGACUUUUGAAAAUGAUUAUUUAUAUAUGCAAAAGGAAAUAAAAGCAGGUUUUAAAAUUGAAAAUGAAGAGAAUACUCAAGGUUAUUUCACAUUGGUAAAUCAACCACACAGAAAUUAUCAGAGACUUUUGAACCCAGUAUCAUAACUAUGCAUCCUUAGUUGAAACAUUUUUCAGGAACAAGAAGGGUCAAAGAAAAUGGUAAUGUCACUCAUUAAUUUCCAUGUUAGUAAUAUUGAUGCUAUUUUAACCUAUUUUGUGUAUAUUUUAGGAUGAAGCAAAAAUUUCCAGUUUAAGAGGUGACAAGAAUCAAAUUCUUCAGGGAAAACUCCCCGUAGUGAUAAAUAUGAGUUGGAAACUUAAAAAAUUAUUUCCACAUCUGUUCAUUGACAGGGCCUUUAAAAAGUGUUACCAGGGCUGGGGAUGUGGCUCAAGCGGUAACGUGCUCGCCUGGCAUGCGCGGGGCGCUGGGUUCGAUCCUCAGCACCACAUAAAAUAAGGAUGUUGUGCCCACCGAAAAUUGAAAGAUAAAUAUUAAAAAACAGUGUUACCAGUAUAGUGAUCAGUAGAUUCUGUGCCUAGCAUUGCCACCAAGGGAAAGGGAACUCUGUGGAGGAAUAGCUGGUGAUUUGGGGUCCUGAGGCAUCCACAGUGAACCUAGGGCCUCCUGGGUAGGAAACCAAGGAAAUGCUCAGAUUGAAGGGCAAUGAAAGAACACAGCAGCUAGUUUGGAGGGGCUCCAGUGGCCAAAUUAGAAGUAAUUUGGCGAUCAAGAAGGAUGACUGUAACUGAUUGAACAGUUUUAAUAAACAAAAAUCUGAGACUGCAGUAAUCUCCACACAUAAGAAGGGCCAAAAUAAUCUAUGAGCUAAUACAGGCAGAAGGAAUGGUAGAAUUUUAGAACCUGCUUGGUAGCAUCCCCUAGUGCAUCUAGAUACAGAUCACAGAGCACAUGGGUGUGAACACGGUUGCAUCCUGUGACUCAGGGCUGGGUGGGUGGAGGCUGUGAGCUGAUGGAAGACCUCACUCUGCUGGGCAGGGCUCAGUGAAUCAGCUCUGCCACUGAGAGAAUCCAAGCCUGUUGGAGUUAAGAUUCUUUGGUUAUUUGGAGCUAUAAGACAUCCUCACUUUGAAGAGGGAUACCUUUUUAAAAAUGUAAUUCAGGUUCUGAACUCUAACUCAGUGGUAGAGGGUGUGCUUAGCAAGCAUGAGGCCUGGGUUCAGUCUCCAGUUACCAUUCCUCCAAUUAUGUAAUUUACAAGAACACUCUGUGGCUGUCUGAGGAGAAAAUUAUUUCAGCAUUUGUUUCCUGUUCUGUAAAUGUCCAUGUCAUGAAGAGAUAUUAUUUUUUUAAAAAAAAAAUAUUGUUAGUUGUAGAUGGAUACAAUACCUUUAUUUAUCUUUAUGUGGUGCUGAGGAUGGAACCCAGUGCCUCACAUGUGCUAGGCAAGUACUCUACCACUGAGCCACAACCCCAGCCCUGAGAUAUUAUUUCUUGUUUGAAAGAAAGAUAGUGCAGGGAAUUUCCUUUGGGGACCUAGUUGUGUAUAAGUAUCCUUAUUUCUCUUUAUACAAAACAGUCCUUUAAAAAAACAAACACAUUACUCAUUGACCUUUUUCUGAGAGUCUCACUGUGCUGCCCAGGCUGGUCUCAAACUCCCAAACUCAGCCAUCCUCCUGCCUCAGUCUUUCCAGUAGCUGG